AUGUCUGACUCAUCAGCAUCUAAAGAUUUUGACUCUAGUAAAAAAUAUGAAAAAGAGGGUCCAAAGUGUUUCAAUUGCGGAGGUGCUCAUCACUUUGCCAGGAAAUGCAAGUUAAAAAGGGUGGACACAAGUAAAGAUUUAGAAGUGAAGUACAAAAAGUUAUUGGCCUUUCUGAAGAGGUGGAAUAUUGAUGUGAAAAUCUUUGUUGCUAAAGUGGAGAAUUGGGUGGAUGAUGAAGAAUCAUCUGAUGAAGAUAAAGUUAAGGAUAAGUGUUUGAUGGCACACACUGAUGCAACAAUAAAUGAUGAAGGAAGCAAUGAAUUGAGCUCCUUUAAAGCCAACAUAGCUAAAGCUGCUAAAGAAUCAAAGAUGAGGGUUGGGACUCGUCAUCUAUGUAUCACCUAA